CCAUGGCUGGAGACAGCGAGCAGACCCUGCAGGACCACCAGCAGCCCAACGGCGGCGAGCCUUUCUUGAUCGGCGUCAGCGGGGGCACAGCAAGCGGCAAGUCUUCUGUUUGUGCUAAGAUUGUGCAACUUCUGGGACAGAAUGAGGUCGACUGUCGCCAGAAGAAGGUAGUCAUCCUGAGCCAGGAUAGUUUCUACCGUGUCCUCACUGCAGAGCAGAAGGCCAAAGCCCUCAAGGGCCAGUUCAACUUCGAUCACCCCGAUGCCUUUGAUAAUGAACUCAUCUUCCAAACACUCAAAGAAGUCACUGAAGGGAAAACAGUCCAGAUUCCUGUGUAUGAUUUUGUCACACAUUCCCGGAAGGAGGAAACAGUGACUGUCUAUCCUGCGGAUGUCGUGCUCUUUGAGGGGAUCCUGGCCUUCUACUCCCAGGAGGUACGCGAUCUGUUCCAGAUGAAGCUCUUUGUGGAUACAGAUGCGGACACCCGGCUCUCCCGCAGAGUAUUGAGGGACAUCAGCGAAAGAGGGAGGGACCUUGAGCAGAUUUUAUCUCAGUACAUUAUGUUCGUCAAGCCUGCCUUUGAGGAAUUCUGCUUGCCGACAAAGCAGUAUGCUGACGUGAUUAUUCCUAGGGGUGCAGAUAAUCUAGUGGCCAUCAACCUCAUCGUGCAGCACAUCCAGGACAUUUUGAACGGCGGGCUUUCCAAACGACAGACCAACGGCUAUCUCAACGGCUACACCCCUUCACGCAAGAGGCAGGUGUCGGAGUCCAGCAGUCGGCCGCAUUGACCUCUGCCUCCUUCAGCUCCCAGCCCCUAUUUCAGGGAGACAGAAGGCACCAUUAAACUGUACAUAUUACCUAUGGCAUUAAUGUAUUUAAGAAAACACCAUGGAGAUGAAAUGCCUUGGUUUUUUUUUUUUUUUUUCCUUCUUCCCUUUCUUUUGUACUUUGGAACGGCAAAAUGAAACAGAACUUGACCCUGAGCUUAAAUGACAAAAUGUGCCAACUACUCUUGGUGAUGCUUAAUUAUGAAUCCAAUGUGUAACCAGUUAUAAAUGCAUAUAUAUA